AUGGCUUCUCAUAGACACUCAGGCCCCACCAACUACAAAGUAGGCACCAUGGCUGAGAAAACGGAUUGUCACUACUGCCGGGAGUCCCUGCAAGGGAAGAAGUAUGUGCAGAAGGAUGGCCACUACUGCUGCGUCAAGUGUUUUGACAAGUUCUGCGCCAACACCUGUGUGGAAUGCCGCAAGCCCAUUAGUGCGGAUUCCAAGGAGCUGCAUUACAAGAACCGCUACUGGCACGACACCUGUUUCCGCUGCUAUAAGUGCCUUCACCCUUUGGCCAAUGAGACCUUUCUGGCCAAGGACAACAAGAUCAUAUGCAACAAGUGUACCACUCACGAGGAUGUCCCCAAGUGCAAAGGGUGCUUCAAGACAAUUGUGGCAGGAGAUCAAAACGUGGAGUACAAGGGGACCGUCUGGCACAAAGACUGCUUCACCUGCAGCCACUGCAAACAAGUCAUUGGGACCGGAAGCUUCUUCCCUAAAGGGGAGGACUUCUACUGCGUGACUUGCCACGAGUCCAAGUUUGCCAAGCAUUGCGUGAAAUGCAAUAAGGCCAUCACAUCUGGAGGAAUCACUUACCAGGAUCAGCCCUGGCAUGCCGAUUGCUUUGUGUGUGUUACCUGCUCUAAGAAGCUGGCUGGGCAGCGUUUCACCGCUGUGGAGGACCAGUAUUACUGCGUGGAUUGCUACAAGAACUUUGUGGCCAAGAAGUGUGCUGGAUGCAAGAACCCCAUCACUGGGAAAAGGACUGUGUCAAGAGUGAGCCACCCAGUCUCUAAAGCUAGGAAGCCCCCAGUGUGCCACGGGAAACGCUUGCCUCUCACCCUGUUUCCCAGCGCCAACAUCCGGGGCAGGCAUCCGGGUGGAGAGAGAACUUGUCCCUCGUGGGUGGUUGUUCUUUAUAGAAAAAAUCGAAGCUUAGCAGCUCCUCCAGGCCCGGGUUUGGUAAAGGCUCCAGUGUGGUGGCCUAUGAAGGACAAUCCUGGCACGACUACUGUUUCCACUGCAAAAAAUGCUCCGUGAAUCUGGCCAACAAGCGCUUUGUUUUCCAUGAGGAGCAAGUGUAUUGCCCCGACUGUGCCAAAAAGCUGUAAAUUGUCAGGGGCACCGGUCCUGUAAAAUGGAAUUCCAACCUUGUUUUUUGUGUCCUCUUUCUCCCCUAGACUAUACCAUCAAUAGGGAAAGAGUGAUGUUUCACCUGCUCAAAGUUGUUUCUGUCUUUUUUUUUCUCCCAUUUUACAGUGCUACCCAAAUAAAGGGCACACAGACAUCAGACUAGGAUUUAGCAAGAAGCAACUCUGCAACACAUUUCACUUCUCUGUAGCUGCCUUGAAAAACUGCUAUCUUAGAUAGAUUGACUCUUCUGCAUGUGUAUCAUUUAGCCACUUAGUGAUGUAAGCAAGACGCAUAAGAGAUAAAACCCCCACUGAGGUGGCUGUCGUGGCUCAGCUGGGACCCACCAUGUAGUCACAUGCGUAGUCACACGACACGCAAGAGUUGUAGCGGCUGCUUCAACUCUGGCUGCUCACCCAGUUCAGUGAGCAGACCAAGUAUCUCCCACAAUGCAUGGUUUAACUUUCUCAUCCAAACUUCUUCUCAUCCUUCCUUCUGUUCUUUGUGCUUUACCAAUGACUAACACGAAUUUCCAGGAAAUUAACAUUUGAAACUUAGCUAGAGUUCUGAGCUGACCUUCCUCCAUACUAACGUUUGAUUUCCCUGUGCCGUAUGUUUUCUGAGCGUUCCUGCCUUUAAGCCUGGAACAUGCAGGUGAUUUGGAAAGUAUAGGCAGAGCUGAGAAAACGAGCCUGUUACAGAUAAACAUCGUCACAGCGGAUACUUUGGAAAGCUUAACAAAACUAACCCCCAGCACUCCUUUGUUUUAAAAAAUAUUUUUGUUGUUUUAAUGAAUAGAGAUAUAGUUUUGAGUUUUGAAACUUGCAUGAUGAUAUUUUAGCCCCCUUCAAAUGUUCCUACAGUUUUGAAUUUCAUCCCACAGAAGUAAAACUCUAG